AACUGAUUGCUUCUGGAGUAGUGUAGUAAGAACAUUGAACCUUGGAAAUAUUUAAACUCAGCCAAUCUUACAAUUAUACCAUUCACGUUUGAUCCGAAAACCACCCAGAUAAAGACGUCCAUUGCCAAAACAGGGAUUAUUUAGCCAUCAAGACCACAUCGUUACCAUGGAGCGAAAGACAUGGGUGAUGUUAGAGAAUAAUCCGGAGGUGAUGAACCAGUUGGCGCUUAAGUUAGGACUAUCUUCUGAGUUGUCCUUCUACGAUGUUUGGUCGCUCGACGAGCCCGAGUUGUUGGCUCAUAUUCCUCGUCCGGUUUUAGCCUUGCUGGUCAUUUUCCCACUUACCCCGGCUUGGAACAAGGAACGCCAAGAAGAAGACGCUGAAAAGGAUGAUUACAAAGGCCAUGGACCGGAAGAACCCGUAAUUUGGUUCAAGCAGACCAUCGGACAUGCUUGCGGAUCGAUCGGGUUUCUGCACUGUGCCAUCAACGGCCCCGCUGCUCAGUAUAUUCGGCCGGACUCCGACCUGGAUAAGAUCCGUCGUGCUGCCAUUCCUCUCAAGAUGGAGGACCGUGCCGAUAUGCUCUAUCAUAGUGUUCCUUUUGAAGAAGCCCACAAAUCUUGUGUCCAGAUCGGAGAUACAACCCCAACUAUCGAAGAACACGGCCACCAUUUCGUGGCAUUAGUUAAAGCGAACGGUAAACUUUGGGAGCUUGAGGGAUCGAGAAAGGGUCCGAUCGACCGGGGAGAGCUAGGAGACGAUGAAGACCUCCUCAGUCCAAAGGCGCUUGAGUUGGGAAUCAAGAGAACUAUCCUGCUCGACCAGGGGACCGGGGGCAACGAUCUUCGAUUCAGCUGCAUCGCCUUGGCCCAUAAAGCAUGAUACUUCUGUGAAUAUGGGAGAAAUGAUUUCAAUCCAUGUUGUUUCUAUACGUCCACAAAAUACGGAAAUAAGAUGCCCGCUGGAGCCUUUGACAGAUCAUAGGUGCGGCUUGACCCCCGAUUGCUGUUGAAAACAACACUUAUAUCUUUAUGAUAGGCCGCACACUAGUUCUAGACUCUGAAGC